GACUCAAUUCUGAGGCUGUCAAUGUCAUUAUGAAGCUUAGUCAUUGGCUCGUAAUCAGUGAUGGGCAGUUUACUUGUUUUCGAUACUGUGUUCAGUGUUCAUAGAGAUGGAGUUCCCGGAUUUAGGUUCGCAUUGCUCUGAAGAGUCGUGUAACAAGCUUGACUUUUUGCCUGUGAAGUGCGAUGGUUGUAAAAGAAUCUUCUGUGCAAGUCAUUAUUCCUACUCGCAGCACAAUUGUCCGACCCCUGGUAGGAAAGACUUCCAAGUGCCUAUAUGUCCACUGUGCGGAGAACCAGUGCCUACUCCUCGAGGGGUCCUGCCGGAUCAGACUGUUGGCCAGCACAUAGACAAAUAUUGCAAGCUGGAAACCAAGAAAAUCUUCACGAAUGCUUGUUCCUACGCAAACUGCAAAAAGAAAGAGCUGGUUCCGAUUACGUGUUCAAUUUGCAGGAGAAAUUUCUGCUUGGGUCAUCGACAUCCCACCGACCACAAAUGUGAUAGGAAGGCGCCAAAUAAUUCGCCAGCGCGUCAAGCCGCAGGUCUACGGCGAGACCUUGUAAAUAGUUCUAGAACAAACCACGUCCAAGCUGUACAGGGAGACAUGAAUGACGAUGAAGCGCUGGCGCGUGCAUUAGAACUCUCAAUGAUUGAACAGGAUAAACUAGCUGAACUCAAUCGACGUGGACAAACUUCAGAUGCUCAUAAUCAUUCCACGAAUAUUACCACAGAAGAAAGUAAAAAUAAAUGUCGUAUAUCAUAUUUGAUGUUGUUUUUUUUUUGAAAGGAAUAUUGAUGG